CAGGAAGCUAGACGCAGACAGAAGGAGUUCUCCUGGACUUUUCAGACAACUGGCAAGCAUCACUGGCUUUGGGAAUGCUGCUGAACCUCACCAACCAGACAGAAACGGAGGAUGUCUUCUCCUGCUUCAGUCCUUCGGUAGAAGCGUACCGCUACUUCGCCGUGCUGUGGGGAUGUUCCGUCACCAUUACCGGCACGGUGGGAAACCUGAUGACCAUUCUAGCGUUUGUCUCAGACUCCAAACUGAGGACCCGCUUCAAUGUGCUCAUUGUCCACCUGGCCGUGGCCGACCUCCUGUACUGCACCGUACUGCAGCCCAUCUCUGUCGACUCCUAUCUUCACCUCCGAUGGCGCAGCGGCAAGAUCUGGUGCAGAGCCUUCGGCCUGCUCCUCUUCCUCUCCAACUCUGUCUCCAUCAUCACGCUCUGCUUGGUUGCCAUCAGUCGAUACCUACUGGUGGACAAGAGGGCCCUAUUUGACCGUGUGUUCUCUAACCGUGGACUGGUUUUCCUCCUAAUGGCGACGUGGGCGCUCGGCCUGUCCAGCUUCCUCCCACUCUGGUCCGUUUACGUGUUUGUGCCUCAGGUGUGCACAUGCAGCUUCCAUCGAGUCAGGGGCCGUCCCUACACCACCGUACUGCUCUUUUCCUACUUCUUUGUGGGACUGGGCUGCGUCGGCACCUUCUAUGUCCUCAUUUACCAACGCAUCCGGGUUGCAUCCCAGGCCCUGCUCCGCUACAGGUUCAGUCGUCGCUCUUCCAAGAGGAAAGCCCCUUCGGAACCAGAGAUGGACCCCAGCAGCGUGGAGAGCAAUGUGCCCACUUGCAGCAGCGAGCUCAGCACAUAUGGUGACAAUUCAGUCCAAAAACCGCAGCGCGGAGACGCAAACCAGCUGACAACAAGCAAGCCCAAUCCUGACGUUGUCUGUAAGCCCCCUUCGAGCCCACCUGUGCCCCCUACAGUAGACUCAGGAGAGGAUUCAGAAUUUAAGCGUGUGACUCGCAUGUGUUUUGCAGUUUUCCUGUGUUUCGUCUUUUGCUUUGUCCCCUUCCUGAUACUCAACAUUGUGGAUAAACAGGGCCGUGCCCCACAGAUGCUGCAUAUGUUGUGUGCAAACCUCACUUGGCUUAACAGCUGCAUCAACCCCAUCCUCUACGCUGUCAUGAAUCGACAAUUUCGGAAGGCCUACCAUGUGCUGCUCACCAAGGCAGCCUCGCCCUUCACACGCCUCUGGAUCCAAAGCUUGUAGUUCACCUGCCUGGUUGAUACAAUACCAUGCUGAUCUUCUAAGUCUACCUACACAGUUUCUAUGACGGGCUUUUGUUAAACCACACUUCCCUCACGGUCUGACUGCUGCGUUCUGAGUGGUAAAUCCCUCCCGUGUGAGGGUGAGACCUCUGGGUGAGGGGAACUUCCAGAUCCGCACUACAGAGGAGGCCGACGCUGAAUCCUCUACUUAAGAGCUGGUUGCUCUCGGCCAGGACCUGGGAUCAUUUACUAUCAACUAGAAGGUCCUGGAAAGACCAUCACUGCCAACACUUUGAUACCACAGAAGACUCAGAAGAAAAGGUUCGCCAUAAUAAACAGUAAAUGAUCAAGAGGAUAAUGACUUGCAUAACUUUGCCUUAUGUCAAUGUCAACUGUGCUCAUGUCAAUGAAUUGUCCCAUUUUAAAUUCAUAAACAACAAAUACUAGGGCCACGCAGCUGGGAGACCCGGGUUCGAUUCCACCCUCACACCUGAAAGGUUUAAUAUGCAAACUCCACACAUGCAAACUGUGUGGAGUUUGCAUGUUCUCCCCGUGCAUGUGUGGGUUUUCUCCAGGUGCUCUGCUUUCCUCCCCAUUCCAAAAACAUGCUAGCUUAAUUGUUCACUCCAAAUUGUCCAUAGGUAUGAAUGUGGGUGGGAAUGGUUGUUUUGAAGACGGCUGAGAUAGGCUCCAGCACACCCGCGACCCUCGAGAGGAUUAGCUGUAGAAAAUGAAUGAAUAAAUGACCAUUCAGGUUACAUUGGUUUCAUAGUAACCGUUCAUGUGUGAGCGGGUAAGCUGGUGUCAAGUCAAGUACGAUAGCUUAUUUUGUCAUAAACAUUCCAUCUUAUUUAGUCAUAAACAUUCCAUCUUACUU